UUUCUUCUUCAUUUCUGUUUUCCCCUAAAUUCUCCCAAAUAUCAUUUGUUUGCCGAAUUUGGAAAUUCCAUCAAAACUCUGUUUCUUCUUCUUCUUUCUUCUUUAUUCCACCAUCCGCAGCUUGCAAACAUGUUGACAUCACCGAUUAAUUUCGAAUUUGGAGAUUACGGCGACAAUCAUCACAUAGACAUGCCUGCUGGUUUCCGAUUCCAUCCCAGCGACGAAGAGCUCAUCACUCACUACUUGUCGAAGAAGGCUCUGAAUCCUCUCUUCUCCUGCUACGCAAUUACCGACGUCGACAUUAACAAAGUCGAGCCGUGGGACCUGCCUUGGAAAGCGAAAACGGGGGAGAAGGAAUGGUACUUCUUCUGCGUUAGAGAUUUGAAGUACCCGACCGGGAUGCGGGCGAACCGAGCCACCCCCGCCGGCUACUGGAAAGCCACCGGAAAAGACCGGGAAAUUCUCCGAGGAGAAAAGGUGGUCGGGAUGAAGAAAACCUUGGUUUUCUACCAGGGGAGAGCCCCUAAGGGGGUGAAGUCAAACUGGGUCGCGCACGAGUUCCGAUUGGACGAGAGCUUCAAGCUACCCGCGUGCGCCAAGACUGAAUUUGUGAUCAGCAGAGUGUUUCAGAAGGCAAAGGGAGGGAAGAAAGUCAACAUUUCCGAGAUGACGAGAGCUCCAGCAAUGGCCGAUUCGAUGAAGCCCGAACCGGGGAAGGAGCACGUGCACUGCUUCUCCAACAACAGCAGCAACAAUCCCAUUCUCCCAAAUAAUGGGGAAUUUUCUUCAUUGUUGCCCAAAUCUGAGUUUGCACUUGGCCAAAGUGAUGAUGGCUUCACCUUCCCUGAUUUCUAUUCCUCGGGAGAUUACUACUCCUUUUGUGAUGGUCUAUGAAUUCUUUUUAUUUCUACAGUAGAAGAUUUUGAUGUGUUUGGAGUCACUAGGGUAAAAAUGUGUGUGCAAAUUAGUGCACACUUAUUGUAUUUUGAUUUUUGUUUUUUCUUAUGACAUUAGAAUCAUUAGGGAAUGAUUGUAUGUACAUAGGAAGUGUGAAAGUCAUUAUUAAAAGCGACUUCAAUAUAUUACAACCAUGGUUAUUUGAGUUUUA